UCAACUUUUGCCCUAAUCAGAAGAAAGAAAAAGAACACAACAAGGCGUUGAUUUGACGCCACCAUAGGCGGCCGUCUGUUCUUUUCUCAUAUAUAAAGCCCUCCAACCUACUCAAAAAACCCUUCACCUCCAACAUCGAUUGGUUAUCCUUGGCUUAGGCACUACACAAGUUCAUCGGAAAAUGGACCCUAACGAAGUAGCAAAGGCAUUCGUGGAGCACUACUACUCCACGUUCGAUACCAACCGGGCCGGGCUCGGAAAUCUGUACCAAGAAGGUUCCAUGUUGACUUUUGAAGGCAUUAAAACCCAAGGUUCCCAAAAUAUUGUGGCAAAACUUACUAGCCUUCCCUUUCAGCAGUGUCAGCAUAGUAUCACUACUAUUGAUUUUCAGCCUUCUGGUCCUGCCGGAGGCAUGAUUGUCGUCGUCUCAGGUCAUCUCCAGCUCGCCGGCGAACAACAUGCUCUUAAGUUUGGCCAGAUGUUUCAUCUGAUGCCAUCAUCACAAGGAAGCUUUUACGUGUUCAAUGACAUUUUCCGGUUGAAUUAUGGCUGAUAUGCCCAAGAUGAAUGCAACUCAUGUUAUGUAGUUGGGUCUAUUCUACGUUUUAGACACUGGAUGAAAUUCAAGUUUCUUGAAAUAGUGAUAUUGUCUCUCCUUCAUGUACUUGUUUUAGAACAUGCUAUGGCUAAUAUGUUUUAGAGUA